AUGGGCGUCCUUUCCAGUGGUUCAUUAUCCAACGACAGGUUGGCCAACCUUAAAUUGUACAAGUAUUCAGCAGUAGACAAGUCAUUCAUCAGUCGCUAUGUUCUCAAGCAUUAUUGGAACUGGUCCAUCGAACUCUUCCCUCUGUGGAUUGCUCCAAACUUGAUCACGCUGAUCGGCUUGUCGUUUAUGAUCCUCAAUGUUGCUUUGACCAUUGUCUUUGCUCCCGAAAUGGACGCUGAAAAUGGACCUCGUUGGCUAUACUACAGCUUUGCUGCAGGAUUAUGGCUUUACUCGACUUUUGAUAACGUGGAUGGCAAACAAGCUCGUCGUACUGGUACAUCGAGCCCACUUGGAGAAUUGUUUGAUCAUGGAUGCGACGCUCUCAACACAUCAUUUGCAGCCUUAUUGCAAGCAGCAGCCCUUGGCAUGGGUCACUCGACUCCAAGCGUGAUGUUGUACGGCAUUGCCAUGUUUGGAUUCUAUUUGUCAACAGCUGAGGAGUAUCAUACUGGCACCCUUUAUCUCGGCUAUGUCAAUGCACCUACAGAGGGCGUUCUUGUAUCAUGCUUUGUAUUUUGUCUUUCUGGUUACUAUGGACCAUCAAUUUGGCAAACCCCAUUGGGUGAAGUGCUUCCAACUAGUUGGUCUUUGCCACCAGCCAUUUUGGCCAUGCCUGCAUGUCACGCUGUGAUUUGGUGGAUUGGAAUCAUGUUUUUGUUUACUCAUUUGCCUGUGUGUUUGCAUGCCAUGUAUAAGGCUUGUCGCAAGAAUGGACGUCCUUUUGUCUCCACCAUGAUCGUCCAAAACUUCCCAAUCAUCACCUACGUUGCAGCCUUCUUUUCUUGGGUAUUGUCACCAUACUCCUUUAUCUUGUCGCAUCAUCACUAUAUCCUUUACACCCUUACAACCGGCAUUGUGUUUGGACGCAUGGCUACCAAAAUCAUCCUUGCCCAUCUGUUAAAGUCGCGAUUCCCACGUUUCACCGUGCUUCUCUUCCCUCUCAUUGGUGGAGCUAUCAUCAGCAAUCUACCUCGCCUUGGCAAUAUUGCUCCCAUCUUUACCCCUGAAACCGAGUACUUGUACAUCUGUGCUUAUUUCGUGUUUGCUCUCGUCGCAUAUACACGAUGGGCUGUGGUGGUCAUCAAUAGCUUUUGCUCCUAUCUCGGUAUUCGGUGUCUUACGAUUCCCCACUACAAGGCCAAGAAGCUUUAA